UGGAAAAUGAUGAAACAUAAGAUUUAUUCUUCGCGAUUUUCCCAUUUGGGUGGAUUUUUUCAAACUCAAAAAAUUUAAUAAUAUUAGCGAGAAAGCAAAAUUCAAAAGAAAACAUUUUCAGCAUUUUCAAUUUAUUGAAAAGAUACAAAAUGUUGCAAAUCAGUUAGUUUUCUUUCAGGAAACAACACGCACACAUUAUCAAAUUCUUACAUACAAUACAAUUGCAGCAGUGUGUGGGUAGAAAUGUUUCUUUGGCGUUUCACGCGAUAGAGUGACUUUCUUUAUUGAGUAAAAAUUUUUUUUUGGUGCAAAAGUCCGGAAAAUUUUGUGGGGAAAUUGUGGAAAAGACUGCAUUUAUUUUGCGUUCUGUGUAUGCUGUGGUGGUUCAUCUAUGCAAUACAAAUUAGCUGAAUACUGUACUGGUUGAAGAAAAAGUGCUGAAGCGCGUGGAUUUUGGGAUUUGAAGCACGCGUCUCGAAGGAAAAAAAAAGUCUCACCAAUUCGGCCUUUGCGUCCGAUGUCUAGUGGUUUUGCUGAAAAUUCCGUUGAUCCCCCAGCCGCCAAGAAGCGGAAGCUGCCUUCAACUGACUCGUCGUCGUCAACUUCCUCACACCAAAUGGCGAAGAAUAAUGGAUCGACUUCGCUUGAGCUCGAAGCUGGGCCCUCAACUGGUGACAUUGAUGAGGGUCUCUACUCGCGCCAACUCUACGUACUCGGCCACGAUGCUAUGCGCCGUAUGGCUAAAUCCGAUGUCCUCAUCUCCGGGCUUGGGGGCCUUGGGGUGGAGAUUGCAAAGAAUGUCAUUCUCGGCGGUGUGAAAUCCGUCACACUGCACGAUGAUCAGGUGUGCACGCUGCAGGAUCUCAGCUCCCAGUUCUACCUCACGGAGGCAACUGUGGGGCAGAAUCGUGCUGAAGCAUGCUGCCAGCAGCUGUCUGAGCUGAAUAGCUAUGUGCCCACAAAGUCCUACACAGGACCCCUAACUGAGGAUUUUAUCCGUCAAUUUCACUGUGUUGUCCUCACGGAAGCCACACUGGCUGAGCAGGAGCGCAUCUCACAAAUUACCCACAGCAGCAACAUUGCUCUCAUCAUCGGGGAAUCCCGUGGACUUUUUGCCAAGAUCUUCUGUGACUUUGGGGAGAAUUUCAUUGUCUAUGACAAGGAUGGAGCUAAUCCCGUCUCUGCCAUGAUUGCCAGCGUCUCCAACGAUAAGGAAGGCAUUGUUACGUGCCUCGAUGAGACACGUCAUGGUCUUGAGGAUGGAGACUACGUCACAUUCUCUGAGGUUCAAGGAAUGACGGAGCUGAACCAGUGCGAACCACGCAAGAUUACCGUCCUUGGUCCCUAUACGUUCAGUAUUGGUGACACAAGCACCUUCACGCCGUACAUCCGCGGGGGUAUUGCAACGCAGGUGAAAAUGCCCAAAAGUAUCAAGUUUAAGGCAUUCACAGAGACCCAGCAGGGCCCCCUUGUGGACUACGUUCACUUUGACUACGGCAAAUUCGAUCAUCCACAGCAGAUUCAUGUUGCCUUCAAGGCUCUGCAUGAUUUUGUAGCACAACACCAACGUAUGCCCACACCAUGGGGUGAAGCUGAUGCCAAGGUAUUCGUGGAGUUGGCCAAGAAGCACACUGAUGAGGAAAUUAAUGAGAAACUCCUCGAAACUUUCGCCAAGGUCUCUUCUGGAGAUCUCAAUCCGAUUAAUGCCUCAAUUGGCGGGAUAAUUGCCCAAGAAGUAAUGAAAGCAUGCACUGGGAAGUUCACACCGAUCUUUCAGUACUUCUACUUUGAUGCAAUUGAGUGUUUGAUUAAUUUAACCCCAACUGAGGAGGAUUGCAAGCCAAUUGGCUCACGGUAUGAUCGUCAAAUUGCCGUAUUUGGUAAGACGUUCCAGGAGACAUUGGGCAAUUUGCGGUACUUUAUCGUUGGCAGCGGUGCAAUUGGGUGUGAAUUGCUGAAGAAUUUUGCCAUGAGUGGCAUCGGCGCGGGGCCCGAUGGGAAGGUUUUCCUCACGGAUAUGGAUCUCAUUGAGAAGUCCAAUUUGAAUAGGCAGUUCCUCUUUCGUCCGCAUGAUGUGCAAAAGCCCAAAUCUGGGACAGCAGCUGUUGCUGUGAAGCGCAUGAAUCCGAAUAUAAAUGUUGUGGCACAUGAGAAUCGUGUGGGGAUUGAGACGGAGAAUGUGUACGAUGAUAAGUUCUUCAAUGAUCUCGAUGGGAUUGCCAAUGCAUUGGAUAAUGUGGAUGCAAGGAGUUAUGUUGAUCGUCGUUGUGUGUACUACAGGAAGCCACUCCUUGAAUCGGGGACUCUUGGGACAAUGGGGAAUAUCCAAGUGAUUGUCCCAUAUCUCACGGAAUCGUACAAUUCGAGUCAGGAUCCACCGGAAAAGAGUAUCCCCAUUUGUACAUUGAAGAAUUUCCCAAAUGCAAUUGAGCAUACCCUUCAGUGGGCACGUGACAUCUUCGAAGGGGUUUUCAAGCAGGCAGCUGAGAAUGCAUCGCAGUACAUUUCGGAUGCAACAUUCAUUGAUCGCGUCAUUAAAUUGCCUGGGUUGCAGCCACUUGAAAUUUUGGAAUCCGUUAAGGCAGCCCUAAUUGAUGAUAGACCCCAAAAUUUUGAGGAUUGCGUGAAAUGGGCACGUUUCCACUGGCAGGAGCAGUAUGCAAAUCAAAUUCAGCAGCUUCUGUACAACUUUCCAGCUGAUCAGAUGACAUCGAGUGGUGAACCAUUUUGGUCGGGUCCAAAGAGGUGCCCAACCCCAUUGGUUUUUGAUCCCAAUGAUAGCCUCCAUCUCAGCUACAUCUAUGCCGGAGCUAAUCUCAAAGCCGAAGUCUAUGGUAUCCCACAGGAGCGCAAUAAGGAUGUGGUUAAGAAGAUUGUCAGUGGAAUCCAUGUGCCACCAUUUAAGCCACGUUCAGGGGUAAAGAUUGCCGUAACCGAUGCAGCGCUUCAGGAACAAAAUGGCAGCGAUAACAUUGAUCAUGAUCGCGUGAAGGAGAUCCUUACGGAAUUGGGGAAGUUGAGUAAGGUGAAUUAUCGCAUAACACCGUUGGAAUUUGAAAAGGAUGACGAUACAAAUUUGCACAUGGACUUCAUUGUGGCUGCAUCGAAUUUACGUGCGACCAAUUAUAAAAUUCAACCGGCCGAUCGUCACAAAUCCAAAUUAAUUGCUGGCAAGAUUAUUCCUGCCAUUGCCACCACAACGUCCGUCGUGGCGGGUUUUGCUGUUCUCGAACUCUUCAAAUUGGCUCAAAAUUGCAAGGAUCUGUCGGCAUACAAGAAUGUCUUCACCAAUUUGGCAUUACCGCUGUUUGCGCAGUCUGAACCGAUGCCAGCACCAAAGAACACGUACUACGAUAUUGAGUGGACACUGUGGGAUCGUUUUGAGGUGACUGGUGAGCUGACACUGGCGGAAUUCCUCGAAUACUUCAAGAGGGAGCACAAAUUGGAGAUUACAAUGCUGUCACAGGGUGUGUGUAUGCUGUACUCCUUCUUCAUGCAGAAGGCUAAAUGUCAGGAAAGGAUGGUACUGCUCAUGUCCGAGGUGGUGAAGAAGGUGUCCAAGAAGCGCAUUGAACCUCAUGUGACGGCAUUAAUUUUUGAGAUAUGCUGCAAUGAUGAGAGUGGCAAUGAUGUUGAAGUUCCAUAUGUUCGAUACACUUUGCCGUAAAAGUUACUUAUAUAUUUCAACAAUAUGAUUUAAUCACAAAACACAACACCCUCUCCUCCCUAAUUUUUUCUAUUAAUUAAUUAAAAAAAAAUAAAUAAAAGAAAUCAUCAAUGAUUAUAUAGAGAAAACAUAAUACUAUAAUUAUAAAUUUGCAUUCACACAGAGAUUUAAAAAAAUAAAAAUAAAUAAAAUGAUUCUUAUUCUGAAGGAAAGUGAUUGUAAUGAAAGAAAAGAAAAAAAAAACAGAUAGAGAAAAUUAACAAAGAGAAAAGAUUUUUUUGAAGCACUUAUUUAGUUAAAAAAAAAUAUUAAUCUACAGUAUAAACUUAAAAAAAAAAUAAACAAAACAAGAAUAUCCUUUAUUUUGUAUGAGAAAAACAAUUUAUUUAUUAAGUAAACAAAAAAAGGAAGCCUCACGAGGUUUUUUUUUUGAGAAUUCUUUGAAAAAAAUUUGCAUUAGCAUUGUAACACAUUAUUAGAUUUAUAUCCUUUUAUUUGUUUAGUUUUCUUUUUUUUUUUUGAAUUUGUGUCUUUUUUCUAAUUGAAUUUAAUAGGAUAGAAAUGUAAGGAUUUCACUAAAAAAAAUGCUGCUAUAUCGAGGAGCGAUGAAGAGUUUUCAAUAAAGUUCUGGUGAAUUGAUAAAAAAAAGAAA